GCGCAGAUCUGACACUCAAGGGGAGCCGCACACCCGUAGAAACUUUUUAAAAAGACUCUUCCCCCCUCCUUCCUCAGCCUGAACUGCUUUAAAGCUUAUUUCUUAGCCAUGCGUUUAGACCACUAGCAAACUCCGGCAGCCGAAAUAGCUUUUCCUUGGAGAGGAGAGGGGGAAAGAGAGAGAAAACCCCACCAGAAAACACCCUUCUGCCGCUCCUCCUCCUGCCUGGAGCCGAGGUCUCCCCACACCCCACCGAGCUUCCUCUCCCUUAACAAUGUUUUCUUACUCCGUGCAACAACUUUUUCCCCUGGAGUUGCUCACAUGGUGAAAGAGAGCCCUGGACGGCGGCUGAUGCGAGAGAGGAGCUAAAGCUCUUUCCGCCCCCCUUUUUUGUUUUCUUUUCAGGAUAAAAGGGAAGAAGGAGCCACACUCCAGGAGCGACGGAAUUGCAGACAAUCUUUUUUUUCCCCCACCUCCUUUGCAAAACCAGGAACUUUGUGCGUUUCUUUUGUCUGCAACGAGGGUUUGCGGAGUUCUCGUGGCUGCGGGGAGUUUCUUGGAAAUGGCUUGGAUCAGGUGGGGUUUUCUGCUGUGCGCCUGUGUCUUUUUGUCCCCGGCCCUCGACGCUUCCGAGAAGCCGAAGCGGAGGACGAUCACCUAUGUGCUGCCGGGCACGUCGGGCAGCCGCCGGCAGAGCGGCGGGCAGCAGCAGCAGCACCAGCGCGCGUUCAGUGUGGAGGUGCUGAACACGCGUUACAGCAGCACGCGGCGGAGUAGCAGCAGCAGCACCUUGGAGCGGACUCGCCGGAUGAGCAAAGCCCGCGGCCCCAGCGUGCAGCUCCGCUUGGGCCCCAGCGUGCAACUCCAGCACAAGCCUAGCAGCAGCAGCAGCGUCCCGGCGCCGCCCGCUGCCUCUUCCACAUUCAGCAAAGCGGGCAAGCUGGUCGCGCGCUCCAAGCUCCAGCAGCGCCAGAGCAACAGCACCUCCAGCGUGCAGGUUCACUCCAAGCCCCAUCUGCAGCAGCUGCAGGGGGUGAAUGUCUGUGGAGGGCAGUGCUGUCAUGGCUGGAGCAAAGCUCCUGGCUCUCAGAGGUGCACCAAACCUAACUGCUCACCACCAUGCCAAAAUGGAGGGAUGUGUCUGCGACCACAGCUUUGUGUGUGUAAACCUGGGACAAAAGGCAGCACUUGUGAGGAUGCUAGUAAGCAAGAAACUGCUUCUCCUGGAGGACCAGGCCCUGUGACUCCACCAUGGCCUAUUCCUCAGCGGUCUGUUCAGCAGACCUUUUCAAAGAAGGUUCAGGUCCAACAAAAGGUCAACCCCAUGGCUCAGAUGACUUUUACACUAAAGCAGAAACCCUCCGGAUUACCACAGCAGAUGCAAUCACAAAUGAUGCCACUUUCAUCCCAGACUUUGAUGAUGAAUGUACAUCAUGGCCCAAAACAGGAAUAUGUUAUCAAGCCCAAGUACUCCACAACAAAGAAAGUGAUUUCAGGAGAACAGUCUACAGAGAGUUCAUUGCCUCUAAGGAUAAACCAGGAUCAGCUUGCCUCACCUUUUCAGUUGGGAAAUCACACGGGACGCAUCAAGGUGGUCUUUACACCCAGCAUCUGUAAAGUGACUUGUAAAAAAGGCACCUGUCAGAACAGCUGCGAGAAAGGGAACACCACGACUCUGAUUAGUGAAAAUGGGCAUGCUGCUGACACCUUGACAGCACCCAACUUCCGAGUAGUUAUUUGCCACCUUCCUUGCAUGAAUGGAGGCCAGUGUAGUUCAAGAGAUAAGUGCCAGUGCCCCCCUAAUUACACUGGUAAACUUUGUCAGAUCCCAGUGCAGAGUGGCAGCACUCCAAAAUUUUAUCAUAAUCCUCAGCAAGCAAACAAGGCGGUGGGAUCGCAUGUCAUCCAUUCCACGCAUACUUUACCACUGACUAUGCCUGGGCAGCAAGGAGUAAAAGUGAAAUUUCCUCCUAACAUUGUGAACAUCCAUGUGAAACAUCCCCCCGAAGCUUCAGUGCACUUUCACCAGGUUUCAAGGAUUGAUAGCACAUCAACAGGACAGAAGGCAAAACCAUCCCAAUCAGGACACUCCCAGGUUUCUUAUCAAAGUCUACCAUUUCAGAAGACCCAGAAAGUGCCUUCAACCUACUCUCACCAGCACCCUAUUUCGCAUGUGUAUCCUAUUUCUGCUAAAACCCAGCUUGGGCGAUGCUUUCAGGAGACUAUAGGGACACAGUGUGGUAAAGCACUCCCUGGUCUCUCAAAGCAAGAAGAUUGCUGUGGGACUGUGGGUACUUCCUGGGGCUUUAACAAAUGCCAAAAAUGUCCAAAGAAACCAGCUUACCCUGGAUAUAGCCAAGUGGUGGAUUGUCCACAAGGUUACAAAAGAAUUAAUGCUACUUUUUGUCAAGACAUUAAUGAAUGCCAGCUCCAAGGGGUAUGCCCGAAUGGUGAGUGUUUGAAUACCAUGGGCAGCUAUAGGUGUGCCUGCAAAAUUGGAUUUGUGCCAGACCCUACGCUUUCCAGAUGCAUCCCUGAUAAUCCCAUGGUCACUGAAGAGAAAGGGCCCUGCUACCGGUUUGUCAGUGCAGGAAAGCAGUGUAUGCACCCUCUCUCUGUUCAGCUCAGCAAGCAGCUCUGCUGUUGCAGUGUUGGCAAGGCCUGGGGCCCCCACUGUGAGAAAUGUCCCCUUCCAGGAACAGCUGCUUUUAAGGAAAUCUGCCCUGGUGGAAUGGGCUAUACGGUUUCUGGCUCUCACAGAAACAAGCUUUAUCAUCACCCUGCAGUUAGAGUUCAGCCACCUGUCAUUGGCAAGACCCAGAUUACUCAUCAUGUUGCUAAAGGUACUUCUCCUCCACCUCUCCCAGCAAAGGAAGAGCCGGUGGAGGCACUGACCAUCUCACAGAAAAGUGAGCCCGAGGUGGCUGUGCGAGAAGUAGUAGUUGAAAAAACCUCUCCUCCUGUGCCUGUAGAAGUUGGCCCAGAUGUGUCUACUUCAAGUGCUAGUCAAGUAAUAGCACCGACUCAAGUUACAGAAAUCAACGAGUGCACAGUGAACCCAGAUAUUUGUGGAGCAGGACAUUGUGUUAAUUUGCCUGUGGGAUACACCUGUUUCUGCAAUGAUGGAUACAAGCUUAAUGAUCAACAAACAAAAUGUUCUGAUAUUAAUGAAUGUACUCAGGCUCCCCAUCUCUGCUCCCUUGGGCGUUGUGAAAAUACAGAAGGAAGCUUCCUAUGCAUUUGCCAGGCAGGGUUCAUGGCCAGUGAACAAGGAACAGACUGUGUUGAUGUUGAUGAAUGUUCUGGAUCUCACACCUGUGGGGAAGGACGCUGUAUAAAUACCAUUGGUUCAUACAUAUGUGCUUGUGACACUGGAUUCCGUAUGAACAGGAGAGGCCAGUGUGAAGAUAUUGAUGAAUGCACAAUUCCACACACUUGUUCAGAUGCAGAGUGCAUUAACAGUCCUGGUUCUUACCAAUGUGUCCCUUGCAGAGAUGGAUUCAGAGGCUGGAACGGGAAAUGCUAUGAUAUAAAUGAAUGUCAAUAUAGCAGUCUCUGCACAAAUGGCCAGUGUGAAAACUUGGAAGGCUCUUUCAGAUGUCUUUGUAGCCAAGGUUAUCAACUGUCCCCUGCCAGAGAUCAGUGUGAAGAUGUAGAUGAAUGUGAACGGCAGCAGCUUUGCACAAAUGGUCAAUGCAGAAACAUCGCUGGAUCGUACAGAUGCAUUUGUGGCCAAGGCUACCAGCUGACACCUACAAAAGACCAUUGUGAAGAUAUUGAUGAAUGCCAAGAAGACAGCGAUGUUUGCCGUGGAGGGAACUGCAUUAAUACCAAAGGUUCUUAUGAGUGCACUUGCCCAGAUGGCUUCCAGCUGCUUCCCUCCAGGGGUUGUCAAGAUAUCAAUGAAUGUGCAGCAUCCAAUCUCUGUUUACCUCAUGGGCAAUGCCUCAAUACAUUGGGCUCUUUCCAGUGCGUUUGUGAGCAGGGUUUUACUAUUUCUAGAGAUGGCCAAACAUGUGAAGAUGUGGAUGAAUGCGCCAACAGCACUGUGUGUGGAAGUCAUGGGUUCUGCGACAAUUCACCCGGGUCCUUCCGCUGCCUUUGUUAUCAGGGUUACCAGUAUCUACAGGAUGGACAAGAGUGUGUGGAUGUGAAUGAAUGUGAAAUGCUGAGUGGAGUAUGCGGGGAAGCCCUCUGUGAAAAUGUGGAAGGCUCCUUCCUAUGUCUGUGUUCCGAUGAAAACCAGGAGUAUGACCCAAUGACCGGACAGUGUCGCUUCCGUUCCUCGCCAGAUUUACCAGUAGAUACAAAAGAAAUGGCAGAUGAAAAGAAGGAAUGCUACUACAAUCUAAAUGAUGCAAAUUUUUGCGAUAAUGUACUAACAUCCAAUGUUACGAAACAAGAAUGCUGCUGUACUUUGGGUGCCGGCUGGGGUGAUAACUGUGAAAUAUUCCCAUGUCCUGUGCUUGGAAGUCCUGAGUUUACUGAACUGUGCCCUGAAGGGAAAGGAUACAUACCCUCUGAAGAUUCAUCUUAUGGAGCUGUUACACAGGACUACAAAGAUGCUGAUGAAUGUCAGCUCUUUGGGCAAGAAAUAUGUAAGAACGGCUUCUGUUUAAACACACAGCCAGGCUAUGAGUGUUACUGCAAACAAGGCACAUACUAUGAUCCUGUAAAACUUCAGUGCUUUGAUACGGAUGAAUGUCAAGACCCCAACAGUUGCAUCGAUGGCCAGUGCGUCAACACUGAAGGAUCUUACAGCUGUUUCUGUACACACCCAAUGGUUCUGGAUUCCACAGAAAAGCGAUGCAUCAGACCAGCAGAGUCUAGCGAACAAACUGAAGAAACGGAUGUCUACCAGGAUCUUUGCUGGCAACAUCUGAGUGAUGAUUUUGUUUGUAGCCGGCCUCUUGUUGGAAAGCAAACCACUUACACGGAGUGCUGUUGUUUAUAUGGGGAGGCGUGGGGCAUGCAGUGUGCCCUGUGCCCCAUGAAGGACUCAGACGAUUAUGCCCAAUUGUGCAACAUUCCAGUGCCAGGAUCUCGGAGGCCGUAUGGGCAAGAUGCAUUGACUGACUUUGAGGAGGAACAGUAUACUCCGGAAACUGAUCCAUACUUUGUGGAAGACCGUUUCCGGAACAGCUUUGAGGAGUUACAGGCAGAAGAAUGUGGCAUUCUGAAUGGAUGUGAAAAUGGACGCUGCGUGAGGGUGCAGGAAGGAUAUACCUGUGACUGUUUUGAUGGUUACCAUUUGGACAUGGCCAAAAUGACAUGUGUUGAUGUGAAUGAAUGCAAUGAACUGAACAAUAGGAUGUCUCUCUGCAAGAAUGCCAAGUGCAUUAACACAGAAGGCUCGUACAAGUGUUUGUGUCUCCCAGGCUAUGUCCCAUCAGACCAAGCCAAUUACUGCACACCCCUGAACUCGGACACAGAGAGUGAACUGGAGUAAGAGAAGCAGCAGCUGGCGUGUAACUUUAAGCCCAUAUACUCUGCACUGUAAAAAGAAAAGAAAAGAAGCGUAUUUAACUUGAGUUAAGGACGCUACUCAUCCAGAUGUUGGCUGUGUGUGGAAAACAAGCAAUAAAACGUGUCUUCUUAAAAGUGAAAGGUGAUGGUUCAAUAUACAUCAUCUUCACUAAAGCAACAGACCAAAUGGACACAUUUCUCUGUAUGGAAGAAGCAAUUAAGUAUAUAGUGUGUUCAUAAAUAAAAUUCACAGAAAAAAGCAAAAUAUGCUGUUAUUUUGAACAGAAGGGUGGUAUUGUGUUGUUUUUUACUAUUGCUUGGUUUAUUUGGCAUUUAACUAGUUGUGAAAAUAUUUUAUAGUCCUUUUUUUAUUUAGCAGUUCUUUGCCUACUGUUCCUUUGGAAGCUUUCCCCUUUUGAUCCAGUAUUGCAAUAUAAGCAAUUUUCUAAUGGUUAUACACAAAAUAAUGCUCGUCUUUGUCUGGAACAUUGGCCAGUGACUUUUUAAAAUUACUAUAAAUGUCUGCCCUGUGGAGCAGACACUGUUUUUUUAAAAAAUAAUGUACACUUCAUGGAGAUAAAUCCAUUGUAUUCAUUUUGUAUUCCAUGUGGCCUUUUACUGCACUUAACAUGCCUUAGAACCUGCCUUGCCAAGUUUCAAAGCUGCUAGAGGACGACCAUUGAAUAUCUUUUGUACUCUGUAACAAAAGAUCUAAGCUCCUGUUUGUAUUGUAAUGUGUAAAUUAAACACAGAUCUUGUAUUGGUUACCCUAACAUAUUAAAGCUGUAUAUUAAAACUCAAUAAAAUCUACAGUUUUUUAGAAAAAUUGAA